AGGUACACAUAUUAUGGAAGGCAGUGGUAAAAUGUUAGUUUUAGCUGUUGGUGAACAUAGUCAAACAGGAAUGAUAUUGAAGUUACUAUGUACAACCAAAGAACAAAACAAUGAUAAAAAGAAAACAAAUAAUAAGAAAAAACAAAAUGCAACUACAUCACAAAAUGUUGUGCUUGAUAAUGUUAAUCCCACAAGUAAUGAGGAUGAUCUUGACUGUGUUAAAAUAGAAAAACACUCAAUUUUACAUACACAAUUAAGAAAAUUAGGUACUCAAAUUGAAUAUGCAGGAAUAGCAAUUGUUAUUUUAACUGUACUUGUUCUAUUGGUUUCAUUUUCAAUUGAACAAGUAAUUCAACAACAUGAAUGGGAUUAUAAAUACUGGACUCGAAUUGUAGGAUAUUUAAUCACUUGUAUAAUAGUAUUCGUCCUUGCUGUACCUGUAGAUUUAUCAUCAGCUAUAACAUUAUCAUUAACAUAUGUGGCUAAAAAAAUGAUGAAUGAUAAUAAUUUAGUUCGCCAUUUGGAUGCAUGUGAAACAGUUGGUAAUAUAACGACAAUAUUUUCUAAUAAAACAGAAAUAUUAACAAUGAAUCAUAUGACUGUUGUGCAAAUUUAUGUUGGUGAAAAAUAUUGGAAAAAUAUUGAAAAUUCAAUUAAAACUAAAGAAAUUAUUAUACCAGCUAAUACAAAAGAAAUUUUAUUUGAAAGUGUAUCUGUUAAUAGUAGUUAUUCUUCAAUAUUAUUAGUAAGUUAA